AUGAAAACUAUAAAAGGAAGCCUUCUGCUUUAUGAUCGUACGAGACCACAGCUUAAGAUUCAACGAAAAGUCUUAAAUUUAAAAGCAUGUCAGGCGUUAUAUGUCCGUUUUCCUAGUGGAAAAAAGUCAAACGACAGUCCAAUUUUAAUCUCUAUUCAAACUUCAAGUCGUAAAUUCUACUGCAAUUUAAGUCAAGUUAUGGCUACAGCCUACAACGCGCUUGCGAAAAUUUAUGUUAUUAAUGUGUCUUGA